AUGGAACAACAAUCACCGGAACCAAAACCAAUAAUUCUACAAAAACCACCAGGUUAUAGAGACCCAACCACCCCUCAAAAACACCCUCCGCCGCGAAAAGCACCUGCUCUCCCACCUUCUUUCCGACCAAAACCCAAGAAACGUCGUUAUUGUCGCAUGUGUUGUUGCACAGUAUGCAUCCUCCUCCUCAUCCUCAUCCUCAUCUUCAUCUUACUCAUUGCGCUCUUCCAUAUCCUAUACCAACCUUCUCUCCCGGAGUUUCGCCUUGGUUCCUUCCGUGUUUCGGCUUUCAAGAUAACAACAAACGCAGACGGUGGAAGCCUCAACGCAGAUACAACAACAAUGGUGGAUAUAAAGAACCGUAACACGAAAAUUGCAUGGCAUUUUGAUCAAAGUAGUGUUCAGAUACGGGCGGAUAAUAGUGACUUGAAUUUAGGUUCGACGAAGGUGGCAGCAUUUGACGUGAAAGAGAGGGAUGUAUCGAAAUUGAAAGCGCAAACAAAGGUGAGACAUGAGGUUUUGGAUGCGAGACAGAAGAGAAGGUUGAAAAGUGUUUUUGAAAGUAAAGCUUUGAUGCCUAAUGUGGAGGUUAAAACAAGAACAGGUGUUAAUGUUCAAGGUUGGAAAUCUAUGACCAUUGGAGUUACCGUUGUUUGUGGCGGUGCUACUAUCAGACAAAUUCAAAAUGGUGAUUCACCUCAUUGUUCCUUCACUAUUCUCAAAUGGAUCAAAAUAAAAUGA